AUGGCUUCAAGAACGUCAAGCCUCAAAUUCUUCUCACUACUGAUUUCCUCACUUACCAUUGUUCAAAUGGCAAUUGCAGACCCAGACAUUCUUACCGACUUCAUUGCCCCUGCAAAUGGAACAGUAGAUGGAAACUUCUUCACAUUCACCGGAAUGCGAGUUCUUGUUAGUGGAGACGAGCCUAAAAACUUCACAGUAUUGAAGGCAACCAUGGCAGAGUUUCCUGCUCUCAAUGGGCAGAGUGUUUCAUACGCAGUUCUUGAAUUUCCAGCUGGAACUACUAACCCACCACACACUCAUCCUCGCUCUGCUGAGCUCCUCUUCCUUGUCGACGGCACCCUUGAAGUUGGCUUUGUCGACUCAAAGAACAAACUCUUUACUCAGACUCUUCAGUCAGGUGACCUGUUUGUGUUUCCCAAGGGACUUGUGCACUUCCAAUACAAUGCUGACUCACAAAACGCAGCUCUAGCAAUUUCUGCUUUUGGAAGUGCAAGUGCAGGAACUGUGUCACUUCCUUCAACUUUGUUCGCCACCAACAUCGAUGACAAUGUGUUGGCUUUGUCCUUCAAGACUGAUGUAGCCACCAUUCAAAAGCUCAAGACUGGUCUUGCUCCCAAACCAUAG